GGCUGAGUAUAGAUUCCGUUAGUCACAUGAUGGAAAAGAUGGCCAAACAAGACAUCUUAUUAAUCUCCCAUCCAUCUGCAUAGCUCCGAUAAAGAGCCGUGAUAUAAUGCUGACCAACCAUAACUCUGUUUAUGUGUUUUUUUUUUUCCUUGUCCAAAGUGGAAACGCGGGGUGCUGUUCCCUGAGGGCUGCAUUUUCUCCGAAGGCGCCGAAAAUGAUGACCCAAAACUUGCUGUCAGAUAACCAAGUCCUAAAGAGAACAACGCCUUCCGGAAAGGCUACGACGCGAAUGUACUCAACCUCAUAGUGAUAUUUGCUCAAUAUAAAGCCAGGUACGGAUGGAAGUUUGAGGCAUAGAUUGUAAUUGAAUCA